CCAACGAGAUAACCAACUCGUUUGCUAAUUAAUUAUCUACUAAUUAAUCACGUCGUAUCCCCAAAAGAUGGAGCAAGAGCAACAGGUCCCAGAGCAGAUGAAGGUGGCACAACUAGUCAAGUACAAUUCUCCGUAUGAAAUCAAAGACAAAUCCGUGCCCACGAUCAGAGACAAUGAACUCCUCGUCAAGAUCUACGCGGCCGGAUUUUGUCACUCGGAUCUGCAGGUGAUGCAUGGGCAGUUUGGCUCAGAACUGCCCCUUAUUCCAUCGCAUGAGCCCGCAGGCGUCAUUGUUCGCAUUGGUGAUAAGUGUAAGGGCGGCUGGAAGGUGGGCGACAGAGUCGGGGUGCUGAAUUUCAAGAAUUCAUGCUCUGCCUGUGCCGGUUGCAAUGUGUCCACUCGAAUAUACGGUGGUUUGGACCCGAGGUUCUGCGAAAACAGAGAGAUGGCAGGCUUCAAACACGACGGCGCCUUUGCCGAGUAUAUGGUUGCCGACCCAGAAACCACGGUUUUGAUACCGCCAUCUGUUUCGUUCCAACAAGCAGCACCCAUGAUGUGUGCCGGGGCAACGGUGUGGGGCGCGUUAGAGAAGGCCACUGCCGAGCUACAGGAAGGAGACCCAGUGGCCAUCGUAGGAAUAGGGGGACUCGGGCACCUUGGCGUUCAGUUUGCCAAGGCCCUGGGAUACCGAACAAUCGCCAUUGACAGCCGACCCGAAGGAAGACAACUCGCGACCGACGUCCCAAGUCCGGGGCUAAUGGCAGAUCUUGUGGUGGACUCAACUGCACCAGACGCCGAGGAGCAAAUCUCCGAGUUCACCAACGACGAGGGCAUCGCUGCUGCAGUGGUCUGUACGGAUUCUCUCGCGGCGAACGCGUGGACGCUGAGACUACUGCGCAUCGGAGGAGUGUUGGUGGCUCUAGGGCUACCACCAGAGAGAUGGCAGUUCGAUGCUGGCGUCCUGGUGUUCAGGGAGCUGGUAAUACGUGGCAGCUAUGUCGCGGGCGUAGAGUCAACUAGGAGAAUGAUGCAAGUAGUAGAGGGCAGCGGCAUCAAGUCUCGACUCACAGUUGUGCCGUUUACAUCUGUCCCCGGAAUUGUUGAUCUGUACCAGGAGAAGUCUUUCAGCGGCAGACUCGUGGUACAGAUCUCCGAUGAGGAAUAACGUCAUAGCCAAGCACGAGAACGCAAUGGGCACGCUUUCACCCCACGCAGUUUGCCUCACGAG